AUGUUCAAAAAAAUAUUAAAAAAUAUAUUGUUGUGGUCCAACGCGGCUGGAAUCAUGAUCGGCGUUUGCGCCAUAGUGUCUUACUUGGUGCUGGUAGCCAUCAGGGGCUCCCUAAGACUGCCGUUUAACCUGGGCUUGCUGGACACCGCCCUGAAUGCCCUGGUAAUCGCGGGCUCUACCUUGAUAGUCGUCAACCUGCUGGGCUUCUGCAGCAUCAUCAUUAGAAACAAAACAGGGAAAUGGCUGAUGACAUUGUACACUGUUACAAUCUCCAUUACCACUAUAAUGCAAAUCUACAUACUGGUAAUACUAUUCGUGCAUCGAAGUGCAAGAAACGAAGGAAUCUUUAGCACUAUUACCUCCGUCAUGACACCUGUAAACACUACUUAUGACGUCAGAAGAUCCAAUACGGACAAUAUCACUUCACCCUUGACUGCAACCCUUACUAAACCACUGACCUUCUAUGAAAACCAAGCUGCAUAUAAAUUAGAUAUAAACAAAACAAGAAACAGAAGAGACGUUGAUAUACCUGUAGAUUCUAUUAUUAAUGAUGAUCAUAAAACUAAUAAUAGCAAAUUCAAAUAUAUCAAAAAUAUGUUAGAGGUUAUACCUCUGUCUACUUACACGAUCGUAGGUCAGUCAAAAAAUAAACCAAGCAAUUAUACCCAAUUCGAUGGAUACAACAAAACCAAUGUAUUUCUCUCGAGUAACGACAGCGUGCAAUACUCAAACAUAAUAUCUCACUAUGUUAAAGAAAAAGUCGACAAUGUUAAUGGAAUUGUUAAAUCGACGGUCGUCGGCGCAAGAGAUAAUGUGAAAAAAAGUUUGACUGAUAUGGGUUCAAGCGUCCAAGGUAGCGUAAAUAUUGGAUCAUUCUGGAUAAAAACUAAUGAGAGAGACAACAAUUUACUGAAACCCAUUCUAGGAGGAUUGAGCAAGCCCAUUUUGUACCUCAGCAAAAGUUCUUCGGUUCUAGCGUGUUUCGUGAUAAUUAACGUAGUGAACGUAUUGUACGUUGCGAUGACAAUAUGCUUUUGCAUUAUGCAACAUUAUUAUAAACGUCACAAUGAGCUCACGAAAUAG